AUGUUGCCAGUACCUUCUGUGGACGUCUUCGGACGGCUCAGCACGGAGACGUCGCUGCGCCAAACGCUGACCACGAAGCCCGAGCGUGUGCCGCAUCAUCGCGAGCUGCUCGCUUACGUGGCCUCCGUGGGGGUCUUGCUGACCGUGCUGGUGGCUGCCGUGCUGCUCGUCGUGUACCAGAGCGAACGAGGCAUGGAUACCCUCUCCCUGUGCAUCACCGAGGAAUGCAAAGUUUUCGCCGAGCAGGUGUCGUCAUCACUCAACCUGUCGGCGAAUCCGUGCCGCGACUUCUACGAGUUCACUUGCGGGAACUGGCCAAAGGCCAACCCGGGACAUGCAUCCGAGGCGUCCCGCAUCACGGGGGUACUCAUCGAAGAAGCCGGCAGGCUACUCAUGCUACAACCCAUGCUGGACGUCGAAAAUCAGACUGCCAUCGCCAAGGCUAGCAACUUGUAUAUGGGUUGCCUUCAAGGCGAUGACCAGAUAGCGAAGCUUCGCUACGAGUUGCUGCCCGAGAUGCACGUCCGCUGGCCGCACGCCAAGGGUGACAUCGACCCCGUGCUGCACUUGGUAGAGCUGGGCAUCCAGUGGCAGAUGCCCACGUUGCUCGACGUGCGCGCCGAUGAUUACGUGCAGCUGUCGCAGAAGCGCAGCCCCGUCUUCGACACUGUCACCAUGGACUGGUGGCAACCGGUGUUUCGGCGCCUCCACAAGCGGGGAGGGUACGCGGACUAUGUCCGCUCCUUCUACGAGGCUCUUUCCGAUGACAGAAACGAGACGGCACUGAACAUUGUGGUUGACGCACUGACACGUUGCGAGCAGUUUCUGAUGGAGCACAAGGGAGCAUGGCACACGUACCGUGAUGGUAUCCUGGACAAGUAUGAGCUACAGGAUCUCCAGCGCCGAUACAUGCCCGGUCUCAGCGUGGACCGAUGGGUGAACGCGAUUAACACGCAAUGGUCCUUCAAAGUCACACCAGAAACAAUAGUGUACGUCAUGGAUCCGGUCGCACUGGAAAGCACCGCCUUGUUACUGUCUAACUUCACGUGGGUCGAGUCCAACCUGCUGAUUGGCUGGUACGUCCUACAGAAGCUUGCGCCCUCCGUCAGCCCCUCCUUCCGGGAGCUUCUGGUGCCUGCAUUUGAGAACGAUACCGGCACGCUGCUGACUUUGCAAACGGGGCGCUGCAUGGAGGUGCUUAUAGAUGUGAUGGGCGUCGUGCCCUUCUGGCCGGAGAUCCACAAUCGGAUCGCACUGCAGACACGCGACAUGGCCGACUCGCUGUUGUAUAGCGUUUCCACGGCGAUCCAGCAUAGCAUCAGCGACAGCGAGUGGAUGGACGCCGGGAGCAAAGAAGUGGCCCUCAACCAGCUAACCAAGAUCAAGGUGGUGAUGGGAAUGGCCCGGGAGGCGGAAACCGAGAGGAUUCUUACAAUGCUCUACGCCGACGUCCCCGCCGUUACGUCUGACUUCCUCACCUCGUGGAGGAAAACUCUGGAAGCCAUGCGGCCGCACCUGAUUCUCCCCGAUGGCUACGCGGACGUAUAUUCCAUGGACCCGCUAUGGCACGGUGUACGCUUCAGCGCCGACACGGACACGCUGCUCAUAUCCGUGCAUGACCUGUUUAUGCCGUACUUCCACCACUCGGCGCCUAGGGCCGUCAACUACGCCGGCCUGGGAGCACUCAUCGCCCGAGGAUUAAUGCAGAUCUUCGACCCAUACGGGCCGGAAGGGGCACUGGAAAAGUGGUCCAAUCAGUCUCGGAAGCUGUACGCGCAUGUGCACAGCUGCCUGAACUCGACGUAUGGCACUAGCUGGUUGGCGCCUAUGCGGAGACGGCAGUUCGGCGACACGGCGCCCAUACGCUCGCUGUACCGAGCGUUCCGGCCCUCGCAGACCAAGGAGCGGCAGCUGAACAGUCUGCGGGAAUUCGACCCGCAGCAAACGUUCUUCAUCGCAUUCUGUCACGCCCACUGCGUCAAUGAUCCCAAGGACCAGGCUGCCAGGGAUCGGUGCAACGUUCCUCUGCGCAACCUGGUCGACUUCUCGUUCGUCUUCAAGUGCCCGCUCGGUGCGCCAAUGAAUCCACGUUACAAGUGCAACAUAUGGUGAAGAGGCGUCUGUGGUUUUCGGAGAGCACCUUGUCUCUUCUUUAAUUCGGCUCACUUCAUUUCCUCUGCAAGAACACUUGUCUUGAUACAUAUUCCAUGCGGUUAUUGUGGACCUAUUGUGCUUGCUUUGUUUGUUUUUAUGGGUUAAUUAUAGCGUCAUCUUUGUGUUAUUUGUAUAAGCUUAUCUUAUGCUUAUUGACAAUGCGCGUCGGCAUAGGAUUUGCUCAAGUACACCAGCAAUUGCGAGGACGCUGUAGCUCCUUCUUACCGAAAUGUAUUAUCGCAAUUUUUAAUCAUUUUUUACUCAGGUAAAUUAGAAACGGAAUUACUUUAACCACCUGGACCUCUUGCAGUUUCAAGCUGUGCAGCAGAAGAUUGCUUUUGCUUGCAAGUGACUCGUGUGGCCAUUUGGGCAUGGUGUAGAAUUAGUCAGAAUCAUGAUUGAAAUGAAAAAGAAAGUUUACAAAGAUUCUUCAUCCUGUGACUGUCGUUAACGCUACUUGUUGCUUUCUAUGUGCUUCGUAUUUUCUCGAUGAGUACAAGACAUAAGUGAAGCCUUCAGAUACGUAUUUCUGCUAGAAUAAGACUGUGUUUUUCUAAAGGCUUAGGAAUGUCCCAAAAAGUAAUGUCGCACUGUAUAUGUAAGCUCUCCGUGUUCUGUGGCGCCUUCGGGAACUUAUUUUCUCUACAUAAUUAAACCAGUUAGCAAGAAGAGAAACGCGUUUCUUGUUAUUCGAUUCGGAUGCUUUGAAACAUGUCCACAUGAUCGCACAUUCUCUCUUGUAUGAGCGUGUUCUACUAGGAUCCAAAAAAGAGGGGCCUAAGAAAAGCAAGAUGACAGUUAUGGUACAAUUACUAUUACUUAUUUUGUUGUUGAUAUUGAUGAAUAAUAAAAACCACUCUU